AUGCAGCUGAUUAGAGAAGAAAGGUGCGUCUCGAAAGCAUGGCAAUCUCUGAUCGACAGCAAACGAUUCAUCAGAACCCACCUUCAGAAUUCGACAAGAAACCCUAGUUUAGCCCGUCACAAGGUUUUGUUGCUCAAAUCUAUCGCUACACUAGAGCUAGAGCUAACGCUGGUGCAACGCACUGUACUCGAUAACUCAGAAAAUCAAGUUGUAGAAUUGGAUUUCCCAAUCUCUUACAACUCCAUCGUUGGUUGUUGCAAUGGACUGGUUUGCCUUGUACGGAACAGACAGUUUGUGUUGUGGAACCCAUCUACCAGAAUCUCCAAGAAACUGCCUCACUUAGACGACUUAGACGAUAUCGACGAUUACGGCGACAAUCGUGCAUUCGACAGUUGUGGGUUCGGUUGGGAUGAAUCGAGUGGCGAUUACAAGGUUUUUGCGACUGCGACUGUGACGGCCGGGUUUAGACACACCAUGGCUAUAGCUAUGAUGUAUAGCUUGAAGCAUGACUCAUGGAAGGAAGUGAAGGGUUGGGAUUCAUGGAAGAAGACGAAUGGUAUUGGUAUAGGUAGGGCUACAAUGAGGAUGGGGAUGAGUCUUCACUGGGAGAGGUGUGAUAGACGAGGCGUGGUUGCUUUCGACUUGAAGAGGGAGGUGAUCGGGGCGGUGGAGCUGCCGGAGUGCUCGGAAGGCUGCAAGUGGCUGGGAAUUGGGGUGAUCGGAGAAUGCCUUUCGGCAUACUACAGGCGCGAGUAUUCGAGUUGCGUGGAGAUUUGGAUGAAGAAGGAGUCUUGGGAGAAAGUGGUGGUUCUUGAUCAGCUGUGUAAUCCUCUCCAUAUUUCUCCGGCCUUGGCUCCUUUUUGGGGUGGUGGGUUUUUGUUGAUCAAGAUUGAGAAUUUGAUGGUUUUUGACAGGAAAGGGAUUAGGGUUAUGGUUUCUGAUGUUUACAUUGAAAGUUUAGUCUCACCGUUAGAGGCCUAG